AUGAAAUACAGUAUACACAAUACCGCUAGGUCACUGCUCCAGUCUGCUAGAGAUGGAGAUUCCCCUCUCCGCACCAGUUCCAGUACUGACACAGCUACCAGCAAUGACGUAGACCUUUCCUGUGGUAUCGGGAGACUGAGAACCAAUAUCUUUGGCCGUCGCUUCACCAACCUUUACGUGUUUGCCAUCUGCUUUGGACUAUCCAACUUCUUCACCUCUAUGCUGACAUCCCUAGAGCGGCAGUUCAACAUCGACAAUGUCAGGGCUGGGCUGUUCCAGACAGCCUCGCGUGCUGGUUUCAUCAGCACCGUCCUGUUUGCUGGACACUUCGCCAAGAAAGCCAACAUCCCAUUGGUUAUUGGAGCUUCCGGUGUCCUUCAAGGGUUGGUUCUGACCGUUCCUGCCAUCAUGCAGCUUACUAAUCCUUUUAAACUGCAAAUUUUUAACUUGACCGACUUUGGUGAGAAUGCAAAGUACCUCUGUAAUACCCCUGUUAGUGGAAACAACAGCAGCAUCGCCACCAACACAACCACAGCGGAGGUAGGUGACACAGGUGUGAAACAAUUACAGUUCCUUGUAGUGCUGGCAGUUCAAGCCUUUAAGGGGAUCAGUGACACGUUUCACAAUGGAUUCCUGCCGACACUCUACAUGGACGACAAUCUCAUCGACAAGACUAAGAUGGGAGUCUUUUUAGACGACCGGUUCGUGGCCGCCUGGUGGCUGGCCUUUCUGGUGUUCGGUUUGGGAACCGCUGUGUUCUCCUUGCCUGUGAUGUUGUUCCCCCGAAAACUGAUCUCUUCGCGUCAGAAACAGGAGGCGCUCGACAAAGCCGUGGUGAUCUUUGCUGGAGGUGCGGCUAAGGACGAGGUAGUUUAUCCUGCUGGUAAUGGGGAGAACGAUGAGGCAGAACCGUCCGG